AGCCUGCAGCGCGCCCUGGCAGCGCGAUGCAUCAUUCAGCUCAGUGAUUUAUUUAAGGCGCCACUGGCUGCAGGGUAUUAUUAGAAGCUUUUGUAUUUGUGGUUUACUCUUGAUGCAUAUCUGCCAAGAACUGCUCCGUCUCUGUAACUUCACAUUUACGUUCCGUUAUGUUAUUGUCUAAGAUGGUUCAACAUCACACCAAACAGUGCUGACUACAUUUAGUCUAAUAAAUAUUAUUCCAGUUCCUGUUCUCAUUAUCCACACGGUUCUUCGUCACUGAGUGAUCCUGCAGCUCAUUUGCUUUGUGAUGGAUGAAACCUUUUAAUUACUUUCUGCUGCUGCCUUGAAGACAAAACACAAGUCAAAAUAUUCUGGAGCUGCUGGUCGGAGACAAGCAACAGAUUUUAUUCCUUGCAUUCCUGGACUGGUGGUUCGCUGUGGACGCUGCUGGUGUGACGUCGUCUUCAUCCAAAAAUGAUUCACCAUCUCCGCUUCGCCGCCACGCCGUCACACUCCCGAGUCUUUAAAGCUGAGAGCCGCUGCCUGGGUCAGAGCACAGGAGGAAUCCUGCAGUCUGGUCCGCCUGGAAAGAGCCCCGGAUCAGAAACAGACUUUGUGAAGCUGGAGAAUCAGAGUUUGGCGCCUGGUGGCCGGUUAAAGGCAAACCCAUCUGACUGACCCUCAGUCCAAGCCAGGCCAUCGGGAGGAAACCUGUGCUGUCUGAGCAACAUUUGCAGGAUCGAGAGUUUUUCAAGCAGGAUGUCAGCCUGUUUCAGUAAGUAUGAAGCAGCUGUGACAUGAGCUCCAGCAUCCUUCCUCCCGCCUGACUCCUCCAGUGAAAUCAGCUUUAACGUGAGUGGGAGAAAGCAGCAGCGAGGGAAGUUAUUUAAAACAAUAAUCAGGCAUUUGUUUGUUUGUUUGCUUGUUGGGAGUGUCACCGCAGUGUGUAGGCACUUGAUUUGUUGCUCUGCAGUCCUUUUGAUGUUUGAAGGGAUUGUCUCUGCACACGUUGGGCUUGAAAUGGGAUUAGCCACGGAUGCACUCCUGAUUUUCCACAGGCUUUUGUGUUUGGCAAAAUAAUUUAGGAAACUAGUUUUUCUGAAUGUGCUGCCAUUGGAAGUUCUAACUUCAGUGUUCCUGGGGAGGUUUUAGAGUUUUAAAAGGUACAAUAUGUAUUAUUUUCAGUAUACAACUCAUCAUCCAUCCAUCCAUCAGCGUUCAAUAACAUGACUGCAGGGUGUCUGUAUGUUAACUUUUCAUUCCCCUUCUUUCAUCGCAGCAGGUUGCAGUUUAACAAUUCUGUCAAAGAAGCAGCUGAACUAACUACAUUAUAUAGUGGAUAUCAAUGUUUGUAUUUAGUGCAAAGUGCUUUACAAACUCUACAAAUUAAAGCUUCAACUUGCAGGGAGACUUCCCCGGUCGCCCGUCUUGAUGCUGGCGUUGCUGUGGACGGUGCAGACGAUGGACGCCUGUCCGGAUUCCUGUAAAUGCUCCAGGAAGUCCGGGCCGGAAAAGUCUGAAGUCAACUGUCAUAAGAAGGGUCUCCGUGUCUUUCCCUCCCAGCUGCCCAGUGACGCCUGGAUCAUUCAGCUGGGGGAGAACGGCAUCACCGACCUGAAGCCUCACACUCUGAGAUCAGUCCCAAAGAUCGAGAGUCUCAACCUGGAGCGAAACGCCAUCAAGUCCAUCCAUCCUGGAGCGCUGGCCGGAGCCGAGCAGCUGAUGCUCCUCAAUCUUUUCGGGAACCACAUCUCCAGCCUUCCGCCCCGAGGCUUCCAGGAGCUUCUGAACCUGCGCUUCCUCAUGCUGGGCCAGAACCAGAUCGGCACUUUGAGACCGGAGAUGUUCAGCGGCAUGAGGAACCUGUCGGACCUGGACCUCCCUCUCAACGCGCUCACCCUGCUCCCCUCCGACGCCUUCAAGCCGCUGAUCGCCCUCAAAGUGCUGGACCUGUCGCUGAAUCGCAUCCAGAAGAUCUCCCCGAAGGCCUUCGCCGGCCUCAGACAGCUCCUCUUCCUCAACCUGGACAACAACAGCCUGAAGACUCUUCCCGCCGGCGUCUUCAGGCCGCUGCGCUCUUUGGAGAUGUUGGUUCUGGACAACAACUUCCUGUCCACGCUGACGGCGUCGGCUCUGGAGGGUCUGAUCAACCUGCAGGAGCUCUACGUGAGGAACAACCAGCUGGAGCUGCUUCCUGCUGACGUCUUCUCCAACAUGCCCAGACUGUCUCAGCUGGCGCUCAGCGGGAACCGCCUCAAGACCCUGGACGGGACCAUGUUGGUGAAGAUGCCCGGGCUGAAGAAGCUCGACCUCCACGACAACCCCUGGCACUGCGACUGCCAGCUGGCCUCCCUGGUGCAGUGGAUGGGGCGGACCGCAGCCACGCUGUCUCCGCGGGACGCCGUCAAGUGCGUCAGUCCCCCGCAGCUCCGGCGCAGGAGCCUGGGCGGCCUGCAGGAGGACGCGCUGGUCUGUUAGACCGAGGCCUCCACAUCUGGACCAAGAGCGCAGACUACUGGACUUCUCUGUUCACUACAUUUGGUUCAUCUCUUCUAAACCUCGUCGGGUAACAGACUCCAAGGUUUUGUCCCCCAGCAGCAUAGAAGGGAACUCGUCCUUCAUGUGACCAGAGGCAGUUAGCUCCUUUAACCUGCUAACAGCUGCACGUCUCUGACAGGAAACAUGGCUGACAGAAGGCAGAGUGUGGCGUGGGCGUCUUCCUCUGCCGUAGAUAAAACCGGAGCAAACAGGAACAACACCACAGCAACACGAGCAGGAUGUUUCAAACAGCUGGAGACUGAACAUCCUGAGGCUCACCUGGAAGCAGAGAGGGAGGCGGACGUGCAUCAGCUGGAGACUGUAGGCAGCCCGGUCUGAGACAGUCUCCACUGGAAAACAACUCAUAACACACUGUUUUUUACUGAAAGUGGAAUAGAAUUAUUAUAUUCUACAAACAGAAAAACAAGGCCACUGAAAUAUAUGCUUCAAAGCUGUUAAAUAACCAGUGUGAGCCAUGUGAGUGGACUUUUAAAUCUGAAAUUUCAUUUUAAACUAAUAAAAGAAAGAAAUCACUGAAGGUCCAACACUGUAGACUGUAACAGUACAGGCUAAUAUUUAACGAUCUGCUUGAUGUUAAUCCUGCUAAAGUGUCAAAAGCUUGGUUUUCAGCUGCAUGAAGAGACUCUGGAAGAGGAAAGUUGAGUGAUGCUGCAGCAGGUCUGCUCCUCUCGGUCGGAGCUGCUUUUCACCUCACAGAGGAUCGGCUGGAGUCGGACUCCACCCGUCUGCUGUCCGACGCUCC